CGCGUUGACGUCGACGGUAGACUAACGGUAGUUUGACUUUCAUCUGUAUAGUUUUUACACCAGACAUUGUACCUGUCAAAACUGUAAUUGUUUAGCCAUUGGAAGAACACAUUUAGUUGAGUUCUCCGUUUUCUUUCUAAAGAUCAUGGUUGCCAUCCAUUCCGUCUUAUAUCUGAAGACUCGGAACAAUCCUGCACAGAGUGAUAUCAUGAAUGCUACUUAAUGAGAAAAUGGCUACCUCAUCCAGUCCAGUAUCAGUCCACAACACCAUCACAGCUCAGAGUUCUGUUCAUGCUCCUGUGCUCACAGCAAACACAUUUAAUGGUCCAGUUUACUUCACCGCUGACUCAAAGCAUGGAGGAACAGCUCAUGCUAUUACAACACCUGAAGAUGUUCCUGUAAAAGACACAGCUAAACAUCAUGAUUACACAAAUGUCUCCAGAAGACUGAAGAAUAUCUUAAAACUGGACUAUGAGCGGAUAUUGGAUGGUAAUUCACUGACCGGCCAUCGAAAAUAUCUGAAUGACAUUUAUACAGAUCUCUACGUGGUGGAGAAUGAGACUGGGGGAGUGGUGAACGAGCACGAGGUGAGACAUAUCGAAUCAAUUCUCAACCGACCUGCUGUUGAGGAUAUGCCAAUCAGAUGCAACGACAUUUUUAAAGUCCAGUGUGAUACAGAUCGAAGGAACAGAAAAGUGCUGACAAUGGGGAUCGCAGGUGUGGGCAAAACUAUCUCUGUUAAUAAAUUCAUCCUUGACUGGGCUGAAGGAAGGGAAAAUGAGGAUAUAGUCUUUAUUUUUCCACUCCCAUUCCGUGAGCUGAAUUUGAUUAAAAAAGACUGCAUUCUUAUGGAACUGCUUCACAAAAACUUCUUUAGUUCAACCAAACUGCAGUCUCUUCCGGAAGAUGAAGGUAAGGUCUUGUUCAUUUUUGAUGGGCUGGAUGAAUGUCGCUUCCAUUUGAGCUUUGAUGAGAGUGAGAGUGUUGCUGAUAUUCAUGAAAAAACAACAGUAAGUAAGAUAGUUACAAACCUGAUCAGCAGAAGUCUGCUUCCCUCUGCCCUCAUCUGGAUCACUUCUAGACCGGCCGCAGCUAGUCAAAUACCCCGAGACUACAUCGAUCAGGUGACAGAGGUACGAGGAUUCAACAAUGAACAAAAAGAGCAAUACUUCAAGAAUAACAGCAAACCUGUGUCAGAAAAAAUUAUCUCUCACAUCAGGAAAUCCAGGAGCCUCUACAUCAUGUGCCACAUUCCUGUCUUCUGCUGGAUCUCUGUCACCGUGCUUCAGCCUCUGCUGGCUCAAGAAAACCACGACAAAACACCCACAACUCUCACAGGGAUGUACACAAACUUUCUACUUCGUCAGAUGCUCCAGAUGAAGAAGAAAUACUGGGAAGCAUCUCAUAAAAAUGUUGACUUUCAGCACAUCAUUUUGAGGCUUGGCUCAUUGGCAUUCAGUCAACUUGAAAAGGGUAAUCUGAUCUUCUACAAAGAAGAUCUUGAGGAAUGUGGACUGGAUGUCAGUGAAGGGUCAGUAUACUCUGGGUUAUGCACUCAGAUCUUUAAGGAGGAAAAGGGCUCGUCAGAGCGAAUGGUCUACAGCUUUGUGCACCUCAGUGUCCAGGAAUUCCUUGCUGCUCUCUAUUUGUUUUGUCUAUACAAAUUUGAAAAGAGGAAUCCAUUCUCUCAAACUCUGAAAGAAAAAUGCAAAUGGUUUUUCAAAAACUCAUCAUUUUACCUUCAUAAGGCUGCAGUUAAAAACGCCUUACAGAGCAAAAAUGGACACCUGGACCUAUUCCUCAGGUUCCUACUGGGCCUCUCACUGGAGUCCAAUCAGGAUGAUCUGAAGGAACUGCUGCCAACACUAAAGAUUGAAGAAGAAAGCACGAGAGACACUGCGGAAUAUAUUAAAAAGAAAAUACGUGUGGCAGAAUCAGCAGAGAGGACCAUGAAUCUGUUCUACUGUUUGAGUGAACUGAAAGAUGACUCUCUCAUGGAGGAAAUCCAGAAGUAUCUGAGCUCAGGAAGUCUUUCAUCACAGACUCUCUCAUCUGUUCAGUGGUCAGCUCUGGUGUUUGUGCUGCUGAUGUCAGAAGAGACUCAAGAGACUUUUGAGCUGCAGAAGUACAGAAGAACAGAUGAAGCACUAAUGAGACUACUGCCAGUGAUCAAAAACACAAGAAGAGCUCUGCUAAACAACUGUAAAAUCACUAAGGACAGCUGUUCAAGUCUAGCUUCUGUUCUCAGCUCAAACUACCUGCUGACAGAGCUGGACCUAAGUAACAAUGACUUGCAGGACUCAGGAGUGAAGCUACUCUCUCAUGGACUGAAGAUCUCUAAACUUGUAACUUUGAGGCUUUCUGGCUGUAUGGUAACAAAAGAAGGGUGUUCUUACCUGGCUUCAGCUCUGAGUUCAAACCAUUCACACCUUAAAGAGCUGGAUCUGAGCUACAAUCAUCCAGAAGACUCAGGAGAGAGACUUUUGAGAAACUUAAACCUUGAGACAAUUAAUUUGGACCACGGUGGAGAUAUUAGGAUCAAACCAGGUCUACGGAAAUAUUCCUGUAAUCUUACAUUAGAUCCAGACACAGCACACACAGAUCUUCAAGUGUCUGAGGAUAACAGGAAGGUAACAUGGUUAAAGGAGAAGCAUCAGAGUCCUGAUCACCCAGAGAGGUUUGACCAGUGGUCACAGGUUCUGUGUAGAGAGGGUCUGACUGGACGCUAUUACUGGGAGGCUGAAUGGAGCGAGAUCGGAGCUCAUGUAGGAGUUUCAUACAAAGGCAUUAGCAGGAAGGGCAGAAAAGAUGAGUGCUGGUUUGGACAAAAUGCAAAAUCCUGGAGUCUUGACUGCACUAAGGACAAGUACGUUGCCCGGCAUAAUAAGAACAAAGUUGUUAUACCAGCCACAGGGCCUUGUUCUUACGUAAUAGGAGUGUAUCUGGACUGGUCGGCCGGCACUCUGUCCUUCUACAGCGUCUCUGACACACACACACUCACACACUUACACACAUUCAACACCACAUUCACUGAACCCCUCUUUGCUGGAUUUUUAGUUAUAGAUUCAACAGUGUCUUUGCGCAGUAUUUAGUGGCCAUCAGUUUUCAAAAACUGAUGAUACACUGACAUACAGAGACUUGAUUAUACAACAUUAUUCCAUCCCCCUGUUUAUUUUCUUGUUUCUUUCUUUCUAUACAGUGUACAUGUCUCUUUCAUUUAAUGAUGCCAGUAUUUUUGUUUUUUACAUGUGUUAACUUUAAUUACUUUUGUUUGUCUCAUUGUUUA